AUGCCUCCGAACCCGUCGACAUUCACUGCGCUCAAUGUGCCAUCCGGCUAUACAUUGCCAGAGAGCAUGGAGUACUUUUCCCUAGCCGCACGCCCGGACACAGACCUUUGGCGCAAGCCACCAGACCGUGAAACCUCCACAGCCCCGAUAUUAUACACAUCUCUCCAAAGACCAUUUGUCCUUGCAGAAGUAACGGUCACAGCGGACUGGGAAAUGGAAUGGGACCAGGGUGGAUUGGUUAUAUUUUCAGGCCCUCCUCCGGGACCGCGUUUGAUCCAGCCCAAUAACGGGAACGAGCUUGUGCCAACCACGAUUAUAAAUCUUGAUAAUAACAGCAACAACCCAGUCGAUACCCAGGAACAGCAACAACCACAACCACAACCGCCUCCGUACCCAGAUUUCAAUCUGGGGCAAGGUAAAUGGGUCAAGGCUGGGCUUGAGUUCUCCGCGGGAACCGUCAAUGCGUCGUCGGUCAGCGCCACAUCAGAUGGAGCAGACUGGUGUCUCUCUCCGUUAGCGCCGCCCAAUCAGCCGACAAGUAUAACAUCGCUGCGAAUCAAACUUGAGCGCAUCGGGCAUUCUCUCUGGGUGUGGUAUCAAAUCCCCCCAUCCUCGUUCUCGACCGAACAGGAAUCCAGCCGCAGUCCAGGCUCGGCUGCCCAAUCAUGGCGGAAAUUGCGCGAAGUGACAUGGUUUUUCUGGGGAGUAGAAGACAAAAGUGUGCAUGUCGGCGUCUAUGCCUGUCGACCGGCAAAUAUCUCGAUAUCUAACACCAUGUGGGCGGCGAGAAACGGCGGACAAUACUUUCAUGAUAAUAGUCCGUCGCCCAAUUCGCUAGUGGUGGAGUUUGAAGAUCUUGAGAUAUUUUAA